AUGGCAAUGACAAAUAACAAAACACUAUGUUUUACAUGUAAUAAAGAAAAAAUAACAUUUCCUUGUAAAGGAUGUUCAGAAGAAUUCUGUUUAAUACAUUUCACAGAACAUCAACACAUAUUGAGUGAAGAAUUAAAUCGUAUUAUUGAUGAUUAUGAUCAAUUUAAACAAAAAAUUAAUGAACAAACACAAAAUCCACUAAAUCAUUUAUUAAUAAAAGAAAUUAAUCAAUGGGAAAGAGAUUCAAUUGAAAUAAUUCAACAAAAAGCACAACAUUGUAGACAAAUUGUUAUUGAAUAUUUAUCAACAUUCUUUAAUAAUAUCGAGAUGAAAUUCAAUGAUUUAAAUGAACAAAUAAAACAAAUUCAUCAAGAAAAUGAAUUUAAUGAAAUUAAUUUAAGUUAUUUAACAAAUGAAUUAAUAGAAAUUACAGAAGAAUUAAAUAAUUCAUCAAAGAUUUAUAUUCAACAAGAUUCACAAUCAUUUAUUAAUGAUAUUUCAAUUAUUUUAUCAAAAAGCAAAAUCUUUAUUGAUGAAAACAAAAAUAUUUUCAUUGCUGAUCUUAAUAAUCAUCGUAUUGUUGAAUGGAAAUGUAAUGCAAAAGAAGGACAAAUCAUUGCAGGUGGAAAUAAACAAGGAAAUCGAAUGGAUCAAUUGAAUCGACCAACAGAUAUGAUUAUUGAUCCACAAACUCAUUCGAUCAUCAUUGCUGAUUAUGUGAACAGGCGAGUGAUUCAAUGGAUGACUCAAGAUCAACAAAUUCUCAUUAAGAAUAUUGACUGUUAUGGUUUGGCAAUGGAUAAAUAUGGAUUUCUUUAUGUUUCUGAUUAUAAGAAGAAUGAAGUGAGACGAUGGAAAAUGGGAGAAUAUGACAAUGAAGGAAUUGUAGUGGCAGGUGGAAAUGGAAUAGGAAACCAACUCAAUCAACUCAGUUAUCCAGGCUUUAUCUUUGUUGAUGAAGAUCAAUCUGUUUAUGUAUCAGAUCAAAACAAUCAUCGUGUGAUGAAAUGGAGAAAAGAUUCAGAAGAAGGAAUAAUUGUAGCUGGAGGAAAUGGUCAAGGAGAAAAUCUCAAUCAAUUGUCUUAUCCUCAAGGAGUCAUUGUUGAUGAUUUGGGUCAAAUCUAUAUAGCAGAUUGUUGGAAUGAUCGAAUAAUGCGUUGGUGUGAAGGAGAAGAAGAAGGUGAAAUUGUUGUUGGUGGAAAUAGAAGAGGAAAUCAAUUGAAUCGUCCCAUGGGUUUAUGUUUUGAUGAUGAAGAAAACCUUUAUGUUGUUGAUUAUUUGAAUCAUCGAAUUCAAAAAUUUGAAAUAAUUUUGUGA